AUGAACGACGCCCGCACGCCCCACAGCGAGUCCCUCCCAUGCGUGUGCCGCAUGCCCCGCGGCCUGCGCAACAUGGGCGCCACCUGCUUCCUCAACGUGAUCUUGCAGGCCUUCCUGCACAACCCCCUCCUCCGCAACUACUUCCUGAGCGACAGGCACAACGCAGCGCUCUGCUCGCUCGGCCGCGACUGCCUGGCCUGCGAGAUGGACAAGCUGUACAAAGAGUUCUUCGGCGCGUCCGACACGCAGGGCCCGUACGGACCCACGUCCUUCCUCUUCGCCAUUUGGAUGGACGUGUCGUCCGCCGAACUAUCCCAGGCAGGGCAGCACGACGCUCACGAAAUGUUCAUCAGCGCUCUCAACGGCAUCCACAACGCCCUGACGGCCCACGCCCUCGAACGCACCAAGCUGCCCCCCUGCCCAUGGACGGACGACCGCCAUCUCGAGCUGCUCAGCGAGCACGCCGACGACCACACACCCGUGCCCAAGCCUGCCGUGGAUCACGUCGCCAUGUGCCCCUGCGUCAUUCACCGCACCUUCUGCGGGAUCCUGCAAAGCAGCGUAACGUGUCAAUCGUGCCAGCUCUCCACCCACACCCACGAGCCGUUCCUGGACGUCAGCUUGCAGGUACACGCUCCCGGAGACACGGACGAGUCGAAAAAAAAGCGCCACGACCCCAAGAAACAGAAACAAAGCAUCGAGGCCCCGGCACAGACACUCCAUGCAAGUCUGCUGCGGUACUGCGCCCCAGAACAACUGCCCGAGGCCUCGUACCGAUGCAGCCACUGCCAAAAGAGCGCAAGAGCCACCAAGCAGCUGCGCCUGUUCCAGCUGCCACCCGUCCUUUGCAUCCAGCUCAAGCGCUACGAACACGGCCUCAGUGCGACCAAAGUCGAUACCCGCGUCCAGUUCCCCUUCGUGCUGGAUGUACACGAGUGCUGCGCACACACCGCCCACGGAGACGAAUCACUCGAUCCGUACGCGUACGCCUACGACCUGUUCACCGUCGUCGUGCACGAAGGCACACUCACGUCAGGUCACUAUACCAACUACUCCAAAUGGCGCGGCUUGUGGUACCGCUACGACGACGACAAAGUGACGCGCGUGUCAACCCACCAGGUCCUCGAAGCGCGUGCCUACCAAUUGUUCUACCUUCGUCGUCGCUUAUGGAACCAACCAGGCCACGGCAUCUAUACAAACUCAUAG